AUGUUUAACAAUACAGAAGAUAAUACAUUAUUACAAGGUACACCUACUAAUAAAAAUGUAUUUCUUAACAAUCACCAAGAAAUGCCUUAUUACUCAAGUGCAAUGCCAUCAUCAUACCCAACAACUAAUGGUAAUAUGUAUACAUGCCAUGGUGACUCUAAUUUAUAUAUUAAUGGUAAUUAUAACAACAUUAAUAUUGAAGUUUACAAUAAUACAACUCUUGUUAAUACAAAUUUAAUGCAAAACGGAAAUUUUUUUUAUCCACAAAAUGAUUUUAACAAUUAUUCCGGGUAUUCUAAUAUUAUCCCUACAAAUGAUUCUUAUUAUACUUCAUCUACCGAUGAUAGAGAUAUUUCUUCUAAUACAAAGUCUUCAUAUUCUUAUUUAUCACAAGGAAAUAAUAAUACUAAUAUUACUUCUACUACUAUUACUAGUAGCAAUAAUCCUUCUAAUAACAUUUAUAAUACUAUACCAUCAAAUAAUGGGAAAUCUCAAUCCCUUCAACAUCAAUUAAAACAAUCUUAUGAUCAUUCUUCAAAACAGGCAACAUCAAAUGAUCCUUGUGCUCAGAUAGCACAUGUUUUACAAUGUUACCAACAGGGUGGUCAACAACCAGAAUUUGUUAAAAAAGCUAUUGAAAGUUUGGUAAAAAAAUUAAAAGACAAAAGAACAGAAUUAGAUGCCCUAAUUACAGCUGUAACAUCUGCUGGAAAGACACCAUCAACUUGUGUCACAAUUCCGAGAUCAUUAGAUGGUAGAUUACAAGUUGCAGGAAAAAAAGGUGUCCCACAUGUAGUUUAUGCACAAAUAUGGAGAUGGCCUAAUGUUAAUAAAAGUGAACUUCAAAAAUUACCUAUAUGUGAAGUAUCUAAUGAUAAUCAAGAAUUAAUAUGUAUUAAUCCUUAUCAUUAUGAAAGAGUUGUCUCCAGUUCUUCAACAACAAUGUUAGAAAUGAAAAAUCUUCGUGUCAAUGGUCCAUCGUCCACGUCACCUUAUAUUGAUAAUAAUAAUACUCAGGGAAAUGGAACAUAUGAAAGAAAUCAUACUGGUAAUUUAGACUAUGCAAAUCACGAUGUAAUAUCAUCAAUUAAUCCAAUUUCAAAAAAAGAACCAUUUUUAAUGUAUGGUAGAAAUCAAACACCAAGUGGUAUAUUAAGUCAUCUUCCUGAAGGAGGAAGUAAUUUUGUUACAGAAUUAUCAACACCAAUUAUAAGAAAUCUUGAUUAUCCUAAUAAUAAUUCAAAUAAUAGUAUUAAAGAUGAAUUCAAUAAAGAUAGAUAUAUAGAGGCAAAAAAUAAUUUAUAUGCAAGAUAUGACAUUUCACGUGUUAUAACACCUCAAAUUCCCUGGCCUGAUCAUUGGUGCUCAAUAAGUUAUUAUGAAUUAGAUACACAAAUUGGUGAAACUUUUAAAGUAUCUAAAGAUAUUACUGAAGUUAUUAUUGAUGGUGGUAUGAAUACAUCUGAUGCAAAAAGGGGACGAUUUUGUAUUGGAGCAUUAUCUAAUGUACAUCGUUGUGAGGCUUCAGAAAAAGCCAGAUUAUAUAUUGGUAAAGGUGUUCGUUUAAAAUGGACUCCAAGUAAUUGUGUUUAUCUUGAAAGUAUGUCAACAAAAGCUGUAUUUGUUAGAAGUUACUAUCUUGACUUUGAGAAUAAUCUUGUUUAUGGAUCAACAGUUCAUAAGUUUUUGUGUGGAGCAGAAAGAAAACUAUUUGAUUUAAAAUGGGCAUAUGCAGAAAUGUGUGAACAAACAAGAUCUGCUGAAAUGGCUGUAUUAGCACAGGCAAGAGCUGUUGCUGGAUUACCACAAAAUCAUAUAAUAUCACCUUCAUUAAUUGAGCAUGCUGAUACAGGUGUUGAUGAUUUAAGAAGAGUAUGUUGUACUAUUUCUAUUAGUUUUGUAAAAGGAUGGGGACCCGGAUAUACAAGAAGCGUUAUUAAGGAAACACCAUGUUGGGUAGAGAUACAAUUAACGAGACCUUUACAAUUAUUAGAUCGUCUUUUAAAACAAAGUAAUACUGCUUAA